GAAAGAGAAUAAGAGUGCUCACGCUGAUUGUUCUCGUUGUUCUCGAACUAGUACUGCACUAUACGGCCAAGUGCUUAAAGGUAUUUCAUCUUAGCAUAUACAAGAACCUAUGAAGUUAGUGAUUUGCUCUGUUUGGCUCCACGCUAGCAUUUACAAGAAACUAUUUAUGUAGUUCCACCACAAACGAGAUAUGCUCGUCUGUGGUUACACUCUACAUGAACCUGUUUCAUUGUACGAUUCUACGGUGAAGUUCAUACUUGUCGAUCCGAGAUAGACAAGUAACUCUACACACAAUAGCUUUUUAGACUUAACAUUAAAUUUACUUUCUUCGUCAUAAUGUUUUGUUAUAAUAAAACCUGAAUUUCAUUUUAAUAGUAAUUUCAGUACUUGAUGGGCUGCGAAUAAUAUUUUUCGCGUGAUGCAUGUGUUUCGCAUGCACGUUCAUUUACAAGAGCGAUAAAAAUAGAAGAACAAAUUAGCCAUGGACAAGGAUAGUUGUUCAGAAUCAUACCUUCCUCACCGAUUUCAAUGAUUUUUAAAUAUGUUGUAGAGGGUGUGUGCCUGAACAACAUUUUUCUAUACAUAUAACCUCCGCUCGGGCCUUGGUUUCCGAGAUAUUCACAAAAUACUGUCGGUAUCACGAUAUCCAGUUGUUCCAGGUUUUUUUGAUUAAAAAAUUACUGAAAACAAAAUUUUGGUAUAUUAAAAGCACUUAGUGAUUUAUAGAGCUUAACUCAUAUUUUCAUUAUGUUAUACUCAUUAUAUAUUCCCUUAUUUAUCGAAAUAAUUAAAUUAAAACUUUCCUGAUAUUUGAACGCAGUAGAAACUAGUAGUUUCUUGACCGCCGUCUUUAUGACGUCAACAUGUCUAGUACAUGGUCGUAUAUACAGACCUGGACAUUUCCACGGUGGGGUAAGGCUCUUACCGACCGGACGAUGUUGGUCAAUUUGUCUACAGAAAGGCGCCCCGAUCUAUUUGUUAGGAUUCGUUGCACAGCGCGAUCUUGUGUCUCCAACAACAAGGGUGACGACAGGACUCUUGUUCGCAUACCUCAGGCGUCAAAGACGAAGCAGCGAUAGAUAUAAAUGUUCUUAGUAAUUAUGUCGGUAAAAUAGCAAAACGUCGGUGGGCCAACGUCAUCUAUUUUAUAAUUCUAUAGCUUGUUGGUGAUAUAAUCACUGACGAAUUGUCUACAAUAAUUUCUAUGUUCGCCGUAGAAAAUCGCAAAGGGCGUAAACUCUGUUUUUUUUUUUUGGCAGGUCGGUAUUUCAUAGCCUAAGAUACGAAGUUCUACUUAAUGUCAUAUCUAUCCUAUCCUUAGUCAAUGGUGUAAUAUAUAUUACAUCGUAGUCGAGAUAUGCUUUAUAUGGCUUUACAAGUCGGUCGCUAGCUAUAGAACGCGGCCUGCGUUGCUGCCUUUGGUGAUAACAAUAACCAUGUAUACAAAUGCACGAGCUCGUUGCGGAUUGCAGCUGAUUGCAAUUGUAGACCACAUCGUGACAGGUCUAUGAUAUUUAUAUUGUUUUGUUUAAAACAAAUCAAUUAAUAUUUUUAUCAACUCGCUGCAGGCUAAUCCUGUGAUCGGUCAAUGCUCGAUCUAUCUUAUGUAUAAAUGGACCUUAAAUCAUAGAGGACAUAAUAAAAUCUGAUUUUUUACACGAUCGGUAUUUCAGAUCAUGGAACAUCAAGUUCUAUAAGAUGAUAGGUCUAAUCUGUACCUCGUCUAUGGUUAUACCUCGUCUUAAAUUAAACGUUAUUAAUAAAAAUAACUUUUUUAAAAAUGAGCAAAAGUGAAAACUUUAUUAAAAAAGGCACCACUAUUCUUACCGCCAAACCAUUUGCUUAUGUCCUUUGUUCAAAAUAUAAAAAUGUCCGGUGUGAUUAUUGCUUUAAAAGUGGAAAACUCUUUAGAUGUUCUGCCUGUCAGUAUGUUUAUUAUUGUAAUCAAUCUUGUCAACAAAUGUCUUGGCCCAUGCAUAGUAAAGAAUGUGCAAGAUUAAAAAAAUGUUCACCAUGGGGUAUAUCAAAUGUUGCAAGACUAAUGGCACGUAUAAUUAUAAAAUUAAAUCAAGGGGGAGAUGAAGAAAGAGGAUAUUAUAAUGAAACUAGUUAUAGGAAAUUUAAGGACUUAAUGUCUCAUUGUUCUGAGAUAGAAAAGGAUGAGAAAAAAAUGGAACAUUUUGUAUGCUUAUGCAAUGUUUUACAUAAAUUUCUUGAAGAUAUGCCUAUACCAAGUACUGCAGAAUUAUUGGGUAUUUAUGGCAGAAUUACUAUUAAUUCUUUUAGUAUAUUUAAUUCGGAUAUGAAUAUUGGUGUUGGUAUUUAUUUGGGACCUUCUAUUCUGGAUCAUAGUUGCAAACCUAAUGCUGUAGCAACCUUUGAGGGAACUACCAUAACUGUUAAAGCAAUAGAAGAUCUUCCUUCUUUAGAUUUGUCUCAGAUAAGGAUACCAUACAUUGAUGUAAUUAAAACAACGAGAGAUAGACGUGCAGAACUACAAAGUUCGUAUUACUUUUGGUGUGACUGUGAAAGAUGUGAUAAGCCAGAACCAAUGGCAGAAGCAGCAGCAUGUCCAAACAAACUUUGUACAUAUCCUUGUGCCCCGAAUGCUGAUUUAUGUGAAAAGUGUAAUACAAAAUUCCCAGAAAAUUUUAAAGAAAUUUUUGAUGAAAUAUCUGAGUUUACUGCAUACCAUCUAGAAAAUAUGAAGAAUAUUGCCUAUCUGGACGUAAGCAAAAUGUGUCUCUCAAGGCAAGAAGGCAUUUUACAUCCUCUCAAUGUGCAGUAUGUACAGACUUUACAAACUGCUUUUGACUCCUCUAUAAAUUUGCAACAUUGGGAAGAAGCUGAAUCCUAUGCUAAAAAACUUAUUAAUGGCUAUUUAACAUAUUAUGGAGAAAUUCAUCCGUCAACUGGAAUACUUUAUUUAUCAAUAGGAAAACUUGAGGUAUAUUUGAAAAAGUUAAAACAAGCUAUCAAAACGUUAAGAAAGGCUAGUUCGAUAUUAACAAUAACACAUGGAGCACAACAUAGUGUGAUAGUAGAAAAUUUGAAACCACUUCUUUAUCAAGCCACUAUAGAAGACUUCAGUGAAUCAUAACAUUUUUUAUGUCGAUAAUUUAUAAUUGUAUAUAAUAUAUUAACAAUAUACAAUUUACAAUAAAUAAUUUUAGUAUUUAAGAAGAUGAAA